CCAGCCUUGUUGAAUUUAGUUAGCUUACGCAUUUUCCUUUCUCGCUUUAAGGCGAAUUACAUUUCUGAUUUAAUUGUAAAACUGUUUCAUUGAAAGAAUACUUCGCAAAAGCAUUAAAUAACAUUAACCUAUAUAGUAGACGGCAACUGUAAAACGUAUUUCCAGUAUGUUAAGAUUUAGCUUUAGGAGGGAGAAAGACAAGGAGUUUAAGCAUAUAGCUCAUGGUUUGAUCCCUGCUGCCUCCAUUGCUCCCAAACCAGCCGUACCUCGUACCCCUCCCCCUCGCAGCCCAAACCCCUCACCUGAGAGACCCAGGUCAGCCUUAGCAGCAGCCAUUUUAUCAUCCUCACUCACUGGACAGACAUGGGCCAUCCCUCCUGCCCGGCCGAUGUCUUUAUCCGAGAGUGGUCAAUCAGAAUCCUUCACAUCUGAGCCAAACAUCAGCACGGCACUUUACACAAGAGACAGAUGGUCAGAAGAUUUGGUUAGCCGGCCACGUCUGUCCUCUCCUGACCAGUCAGAGGGGGAGUUGGAAGACAAGGAACAGGAAGUGGUGGAUGAAGAGGACGGGGAGGAACAUGUCUACCACACUCUGGACCGAAGGCAGAAUUCUUCACUCACCGAAUCUGUCUAUGCUCUGCCACUAAAAGCUAAGUCUGUCUUCAAGUCCACUACACCCCUGCCAACUCAGACUUCUGGCAGAAGAGAGUCUUCACCAGAUUUCACUGAGGAGACCAGUGGCCAAUCCCCAGAACCCAAAGAGAAGAAAAUGUCUGUGAGGAAGACUCUUGAAAAUUGGAAAGAUGAUGUUCCAACAACACCGACCAUUUUAACUGCUGGUCACCCCAGGAAAGCAAGCCAAGCCAAAAGCCCCAAAGAUCUCCGUGAGCUUCCUCCAGAACCCAGCAAUACAUACGGUGAACUGCGGAAGAAGGUAGUGAGGGACCGUCGGGAAAAGAACACAAGGAUGGUAGACAAAGAAAAGCUACUAGAGGAGAGACUGCAGCGCCUGGAAUGGGAGAUUAGUGACAGCAAAGCCUUCUCAAACCAGAGGUCCUCUGCAGGCAGCCAAGCAGAGCUGCAGAAUUUGAGGCAACAUGCUCAGGAGCUGGUUGAUGAAAACGAUGCCCUCAAACUGACAGUUCACCGUCUGAAUGUGGAGCUGAGCCACUACCAGGCGCGGUUCAGACCACUGUCCAAAGAAGAGCACUCCAAAGUCAGUGGCUUACCAAACACGGGGUCUCCUCCUCCAUGGCUGGUUGACAUGAAGUAUUUAUCUCCUCUGCUGCUGGCUUAUGAAGACAGGAUGAAUGAGAAAGAUGCCAUUCUGCAAACCACUGAGGAAAACAUGAAAAAGUUGCAUGUUCAAUUAGAGGAAGUCAUUAAAGAAAAUGAGAAACUCCAUGAUGAAAUUACCAAGACUGGAGCGGUCAAUCAGAAAGACUGUUAUCAAAUUCAACAACAGGCCGUUCUGGUUUUGCAGGAGAACCAGGUUCUCAUCAAUCAACUCGAGGCUCAGCAUGCUGAGGCCAAGGCCACUCACAGCAGACAUAACACUGAAGUGGCAAAAGUGUCUAAGAAACUGAUGUUAUUAGAAGCGGAAAACCAGCGUUUGGAAGGGGACCUGGAAGAAAGCAAGAGGGAGGUGCAGAAAAAUAAGAAGGAGCUUCAAGUUCUGCAGGCCCGCCUAAAGGAUGCAGUCACCUGGGACGAACACUGCAGCAUUGCUGGAAAACUGAGAAGACAACUGGAGCAGCAUGAGAGCAGAAGUAAGGGUGAAAUUGACAAACUGCUUCUGAGAGUGUCUAACCUCCAGGAGGAGAACAGGAUUCUAGCUCUGGACAAAGCCCAGCUAACUGCAAAAACAAGGGCAAUGGAGGCUGAGCUGGAGCUCUCCAGGCAAGCCAACAGGAAGGCUGAAAGAAGAAUGAGUAUGUUGAAGCAACAAAAGGAAGAGUGUGUGUUGAAGGAGGAAAAGACACGGCACUACCUGGGAGCUGUCAUUUCUGUGGCAGAACACAUUUCCCAGGAGAGAGACCGACUAUUACACAUGCUCAGUAACCCGCCAUCUUCCCUGUCUGCCUCCCUAGGCAUCAUCUCUUCAGCAGGAAAAGCAGAGAUUCAUCAGCAGGAUUCUCAGUGGCACAGUUCGAUUUGGAAAACUACAAGAAGAAGUCAAAGUGUACCGGAGCCAGGCGUCAACCAGACUGGCAGCGUUGGAGGAGGCGGUGGAGGGGAGGACAGUGUCUUACCAGAGGGAGAUCCUUCACCUGCAGACGCUGCUGAGAGAAAGACAGGAGGCAGAGGAGAAACUGCUGCAGUCCAAACGGGAGAUAGAGGAAGAGCUGGAGGUGGUGUGGGAGGCAGCAACAAGGGAGAACCAACAGAUGAGGGAGACUCUUUUGGAUUCCAAACUCACUGGGGACCUCCACAGUUGGCCUGCUCAUGCUCCAGAUGAGAUCACUACAUCCUCCCAGCAGCAGCAGCACAAGCAUGGGCUGGAUUUCUAUUGCUGAAAUCCUAGAGCAAUAACCUGCAGGUGUGCCUGUCUGCUCAAAAUAGACUAUUCAGAUAACUGUCAACUUGUUAUAGUCAUCAUGUCAGCCUGCAGACAUCCAGCAACUUGCCUUUGUGUCAGUUUGUUGUUCUAUCUGAGUGAUACCUGAAAUCUGUCUGGUGGAUGGAAAUAUUUGCAAUACAUGGACAGAAACAGUAUUCACUUAACAUAGCCAAAUUGGUGAGGAAGACUUGGCUUGGGCAAUAGUGAUGGAAAGAAAAGCGUCUUGGAUAACUUUCAUUUCUAGAAGUGAAUGACUUUUGUAUAUUUUUGCAUAUAUUUGUAUUUUUUAAAUUAUUAUUCUCAGGGUUUUAUAAAACAUGCAAAGUAUAGUUCCAUACAGGAUAGUGGAGAGUUGCAAGUGGCCCUCUGUGGUUAUGACUUUUUUGUUGCUAAGUGAAGGUUGCCAUCUGCUGGACAAAUGUAGUAACAGCAUUUUUUACUGUCAUGUAUUUGCGGGUCUAUAUUUUAUACAAUGAAUGAGACAUGCUUUCCGGACACUGUUUUAAUCCCACAAAAUUAAAACGACUAAAGGGCACAAAAUAUAUUAAUAAAAGAGUAAACUUGUUUUUUUUUUCAUGUAGAAACGUGCAUAUAUACCUGUUAUUUACAGACUUUUUAAAGACCUUGUUCUGGACUUGCAGUUGUAUUUUCAUUACACGAACAGCAAUGUACUGACCCUUCAGAUACCAUGUUAAUAAUA